CCGCCCUAACAACAAAGCUGCUAUUGUGGGGAGCUCAAUAUCUUAUUGAAUUUUGGUUCUACAGUUAUUAAUCGUAUUCAGUAUUAAAAUGCCUUUAUUUGAGGUGUUGGGGAGUGGGGGAGAGAAAACAGCUGUUGUCAUUGAUUUAGGAGCUGCAUACACAAAAUGUGGCUUUGCUGGUGAGACUGGGCCAAGGUUUAUUAUUCCCAGUGAGAUCCAGCGUCCUGGACUCAAGCAGCCCAUUAAAGUUGUGCAAUACAACAUAAACACAGAGGAGCUUUAUGCCAACCUCAAGGAGUUUAUUCACACAUUGUACUUCAGGCAUUUGCUUGUAAAUCCACGAGACAGAAGAGUGGUUAUCGUUGAGUCUAUCCUCUGUCCUUCACACUUUAGAGAAACACUGUCCAGGGUCUUCUUCAAACACUUUGAGGUUCCAUCAGUUCUGUUUGCUCCCAGCCAUCUGAUGUCCAUCAUGACCUUAGGCAUCAACUCGGCUCUUGUGAUGGACUGUGGAUAUACUGAAACUUUGGUGUUGCCGGUGUAUGAAGGAAUCCCCAUUUUGUCAGCCUGGGAAGCUUUGCCAAUGGGUGGAAAGGCAAUUCAAAAGGAGCUGAAUAAUCUGCUAAUAGAACAAUGCACAGUAGACACAGACUCUGGCCAGAGUUUACCCACUGUAGUAGGCUCCAUCCCAGAGGAUGUAGUAGAGGAUAUCAAAGUUAGGACAUGCUUUGUUAGCGACCUGCAGAGAGGCCUAAAAAUUCAGGAGGCCAAGUUCAACAUGGAUGGAACAGCAGAGAGACCUGCACCCCCACCAGAUGUCGAUUAUCCACUUGAUGGAAAGAAGAUCCUGCACAUUAAGGGUGCAAUCAGAGACUCGGUUGCUGAGAUGCUGUUUGAACAAGACAAUGAACAAAAGUCUAUUGCUACCCUAGUGCUUGAUACAUUGGUUAAGUGUCCUAUUGACACACGUAAAGUUCUGUCAGAAAACUUGGUGGUAAUUGGUGGCACAGCCCUGCUGCCCGGCUUCUUACAUCGCCUCCUGACUGAGAUUCGCUCGUUGGUAGAGAAACCCAAAUACUGUGAUGCUCUGGCCACCAAGAGCUUUCGCAUCCACAGUCCACCGGCCAAGCCCAACUGCACUGCUUGGCUAGGAGGAGCUAUAUUUGGAGCGUUGCAGGAUAUCUUGGGCAGUCGUUCUGUCUCCAGAGACUACUACAACCAAACCGGACGCAUUCCUGACUGGUGCUCUCUCAGCAGCCCAUUACCUGAGUCGCUGUAUGAUGCUGGAAAGACUGGACCUCCACUCAUGAAGAGAGCAUUCUCUACUGAGAAAUAAUCUCAAGCGCAGACAUGAAAAUAUAAUAUAGUAUUACAGACUCCAGUUACUCUAAAUUAAUCUUUCUAUCUUUUAUCUUCUGAAAAAAGACCUUGACUUUCCUUAUUUCUGAUACUGAUGAAGCAUUACCCAAACAGUACAGUAAAUGAAGAACCACUAGGGAGCAGUCACUAACUUAAAAACGACAACAUUAAAAGCAAUCAUACGUUCUAACAGAUAGAAGUUGGGGUGGAAAGUAAACAGACUUAUUAAAUUAAACAAUAUAAGUUUAUUAGGUUAUAUCUAUGCUAUAUAACCUUUCAGUGUAAGGAGAUAGAAACGUUGAACAAUAUUUGGUAAUAUUGUGUGUGUUUAUGUUCAUUCUUUUAGUAUUUGUUGCAUUCUCACAUUAGCCUGUAAUUUAUUUACACAAAAUUACUCAGAAGUGUAUUGUACAUAUUUAUGUAUGUAUAUUAAUAUGUUCUUUGCUUUGACAUUAUUGUGUGUAUUGAUACAACUUUGAUGGCUUUGUGAGUAACUAGACAGUUUGCUCUGGUUCAUUCAUUAAUAAAGAAUCUGUUGAGGCUGAGACUCUCUCAGUGGUGA